AUGAGCGUCAGCCGCGCUGCCCUUAGCCUCGAGAGCGCGGAGGACCUGCCCUUCCGCCUCGCCCCACACCCGCGAGCCGCCACCAACUCCAUGGCCGCCGCCCCAUUGCCAUGGGAGCGCCAGAGCCCUUGGAUUCCAAUCUCCCCAACCACCAUGACCGACGCCCUUCGCCUCCGGAGCGCGAUGUUGUUUGAUCCGCACCACCACGCCUCUCGUCUCUCCUCCGCCGGCGUCGGGAUCCUCUCGAUGGGGCCUGGUUGUGGAGGAGUAGUUUGUGGGGAGGGGAUAAGAAAGGAGCGGACGAGAGACCAAGGGAAAGGGAGAUUCGUGACGAAAGGCCUGUUAGCAUCUGUCCUGUUAUUCCUUGAGCCAGCCCUGGGCCGCCCUCUGUCGCCCGCCUUCCCUUCCAUCUGGACGCCGCCCCCACGGGAUGGACACCACCCGCUCCCAUCUGCACGCCGCCCGCCUCCUCCGGAGAGGAAAAGGAAGGGCGUCGUCAACACGAUUCCUCCGCUCCCCAGGCUCCUCCACCGCUACCUCGCCCCCUUGCUGGCCCGCCGCCACUCCCCUUUCCAUCCAUGGCCGCCCGCGGCUGACGCCUUUCUCUCUCGCGGGCUCGCCUCUUCCUCCUCCGGCGCCGCCGCUGCCGGCCGUGAGAAGAGCUCUAGGAGGACUCUAGGGUACCUUCUCGGCGUGGCGGCCGCUUCGGUCGGUGCCUCCUACGCCGCUGUCCCAUUGUAUCGCCCGGUUUCGCAGAGCUACGAUAUCGGCGGCACCAUUCGGCGCCACGAGAGUGUAGAGGAGAAGAUCUCCUGGCAUACUCGAGAAGGAACCACACCACAAAGGUGACCCUUCCUAAACAUGGGAUACCAUGUUUCUGGGCACUUCCAUUUUGUUUACAUUCUUUUGCACCCACAACAAAAUACUUGGACUACCAUU